GGAAACGGAAACAUCAAAACCCCCCGUCCAAAACCCUUCCUCUCCGUCAGCUGUCGCCUCUCUCCUACGCUCUCAAUCGCAAGGUGGGAAAGAAGAGAGGGGAAAAGGAAACGAAAACUAAGCCAUGUCUCGGCUCGUCCGAUCUCGAAUCCUUCCCUAUCUCUCGAAGCGAAGCAGCGGCAGACCCUUCAGCUCGUCCACCGUCUCCGCCGCCGCACCCCCGAAGGAGCCCAUCGUCGCCGCCGAUGCCCUCCUCAACGACCAAACCCCGCCGCCACCUCCCCAAUCCUCUGCUCCCUCCCCAGGCACCAGGAAAUCCUGGGGUCUUCUCAAGUUCGGGGUCUUGGCGGCUCUCACGGGCGCCAUUGGAACCACCGCCUACGCUACCUACGCUUAUUCUCUAGAUGAAGUGGAACAGAAGGCAAGGACUUUGCAGACAAUUUCGAAAUAUUCAGUAGGGGAUGGUGCAUCUGAUUUUGAAAAAUUUCAGGCUUUGGUUUACUCAACAUUAAUGAAAGUUCCUGUUAAGAGUAUAGAGCUAUACAUGGACAUUAGGAGGCAAAUUGAAGAACAAGUUCGGGGAUUUACUGAACCAUCAUCGGAGAAGCUUCUUCCAGACUUGCAUCCUCAAGAGCAAGGUGUCUUUACUCUUGUUCUAGACCUCAAUGAGACUUUGGUAUACUCUGACUGGAAGCGUGACAGAGGCUGGAGAACAUUUAAAAGACCUGGAGUUGAUGCUUUCUUAGAACAUCUUGCAAAGUUUUAUGAAAUUGUCAUCUACUCAGAUCAGCUGAAUAUGUAUGUUGAUCCUGUUAUUGAGAGGUUGGAUCAGAAAGGUUGCAUUCGAUAUCGGCUGUCAAGAGCAGCAACCAGAUAUCUGAAUGGAAAGCAUUAUCGGGACUUAACAAAGCUGAACAGAGAUCCUUCGCGAAUUCUUUAUGUCAGUGGGCAUGCUUUAGAAACUAGCCUUCAACCAGAGAACUGUGUAACGAUUAAGCCUUGGAAACUUGAAAAUGAUGAUACUGCACUACUGGAUCUUAUUCCAUUUCUUGAAUAUGUUGCUAUUCACAGACCAGCCGAUAUAAGACCUGUACUUGCUUCUUAUCAAGGCCGUGAUAUAGCAAGCGAAUUUAUUGAGCGCUCAAAAGAACACCAGAGUGCCGGCACAUGGAUGUGUACUGCAUAUUGGUACAGUAUCAUACUGGUCUGUAUUGAACCAGCAAGGCGGAUGCAAGAACAGAGGCAACAUAACCGUCUUUGGCGUCGAUGAAGCUGCAUUCAGAUUGAGAAACAUCAUUGCAUUUUCUUGAGGUGUUCGGGCUGACAAGUGAUUAACCCAUCAACAUCGACAAAGGGAUUUGAUUCUUUAUGUUCUCUUUCCUCAUCCCACCUUUCUUUUUUGGGAGCAUCUUUUUUUUAAUUCCGCGUACUAUUGUAUGGAGCAAUAGCUACAUGAACACAAGAAACGUCGUGGCUUCUAGAAAGCUUCUUGUCACAUUGGCGUUAUCGACAUGUUCUGUUUACAAUGUAUCUCGCUAGUGCACAUCUCAACUUCUGAUGUAUGACCUUGGUAGAGUAAAAUUUGGAAUUUUAUUAUUUGCUGAUUA